ACUGGACGGUUUUCCAGACAUUUUUUUCAUAUGUAUGCGUUUUAUGCGUCAAAUGAGAAAUGCUUAGUCAGCAGCAAAGUGUGUUAAACUCUGCUACUGUGGAAUAAGUUGGUGCGCCAGAAGACAGAGGCGCUUCGGCUUCAGGAACAGGCAGGAAAAGGAUUGUAUUCCUGACAGCUAAUUGGUCCAGAUUUUCCCUGUGCUGCCACAAUGCAGAACACGUGACCUGGCUGUUUUCACCCACUUCAACUCGUGGACUUAAAACACGGCCACGCUCGCGCCGUUCCCCCACAGUUGCGGGUUUCUCCGCCCAAGCAGCGCGUCGGGUUCUCGGGACGCAGGGAGGGGACCAUGGCGGCUGCCACGAGCAGCGGCGCAUCCACGGCCACGCUGCAGAUGAGACACUCCGGCGUGGAACAGACGCGGAAACGCAUAGACCCGAAGCGCAGGCAGGCAGCGCUGUCCUUCCUCAGCAACAUUUCCCUGGACGGCCGCCCCGUGCAGGACGACGCAGAGAACCCGGAGCAGGAGGACGAGCCGCCGGAAGCCAGGACUAGUCUCAGCGCGGCUUCCCCGGAGCGCGCGGCGGCGGCGGCGGCCACGGCCGCCCAGGCUCUGGCUUUAGCCAACCAGGCUCUCCUCGCCAACAAUCGGGCCAGCUCGGGUCUCCCCUCUUCCCCAGGGGGCACGGACGCAGAAGCUGACGCCUCCACCCCCUCCACGUUUAACUCCCCUUUCUCCGCGCUCCCUGCCUCGACCAGAGGGAGGCUGCAGACCUACACUCAGGGAAUCGUACCGGCCCCCUACUCCAGGCAGUUCUCCCCCAACUACUGCCCGGAAAUCGGACAAAUAGAGCCGCAGAGGUCAAGACGAAGACUCAUCUCUCAGCGCUCGUCACUUGAGACGUUGGAGGACAUCGAGGAGAACGCCCCUCUGCGCAGAUGCCGAACGCUGUCCGGUUCCCCCCGCCCAAAGAGCUUCAAGAAGAUUCACUUCAUCAAGAACAUGAGGCAGCAUGAUAUGCGCAAUGGAAGGAUAGUCCUUAUCAGUGGCAGAAGAUCCUUCUAUAGUGUAUUUUCUGUCCUGCCCUAUCGAGAUUGUAGCCAAACUGGGGAUGUGAAGGUGGAAGGACGUCAGCGCCACCCGUCAGGAGGUGUAAGUGCCAAAGAGAUGGUGAUUGGGCUGGAGGGCGUGGAGCUCGGAGCAGAUGGAAAGACUGUGUCUUACACGCAGCUCCUGUACCCGACUAAUGGGCUGGGCGGUCGGAGAAACACCAUCGACUCCACCUCCUCCUUCGCUCAGUCGCGUAACGCCAGCCAUCGCAGCCUCAGUCUGGGCAGAGCCAACAGCAACCAGAGCAGCUUAGACGCAGGGAAUGACUUUGGCGACAUCCGAGAAUACGAUCCAAACCUGCUGGAUGAUCCUCAGUGGCCUUGUGGGAAACACAAGCGAGUCCUCAUCUUCCCGUCUUACAUGACGACGGUCAUCGAAUACGUCAAACCGUUUGACCUCAAGAAGGACAUGAAUGAAACUUUCAAGGAGAAGUUUCCACUCGUCAGACUCACCCUCAGCAAGAUACGCAGUUUGAAAAGGGAGAUAAGAAAGCUGGCUCAGGAUGAAUGCGGCUACGAGGAGCCAACUGUGGCCAUGGCUUUUGUCUACUUUGAAAAGCUGGUUCUUCAGGGCAAACUGAACAAGCAGAACCGGAAGCUGUGCGCCGGCGCCUGCGUCCUUUUGGCGGCCAAGAUCGGCGGGGAUCUGAAAAAACAGGAGGUUAAGCUCCUUAUUGAUAAACUGGAGGAGAAGUUCCGAGUGAACCGCAGAGAGCUGAUAGCCUUCGAGUUUCCCGUCUUGGUGGCCCUGGAGUUCAACCUGCACCUGCCCGAGCAUGAAGUCAUGCCUCAUUACAGACGCCUGCUGCAGGCUUCUUAGCGAAGGUGUCCCGUCAGGAGGACGGUCUCCGCCUUCUCCUGAUACCUGUCCGUCACUACAAGAAACCUUACAAAGGAACUUUGACCUUUUAUCGGACUUCCAAAAGCUGUCUUAAGAAACAAAUAUUUUUUACUGGUUUGCAUGUCUCUACUUUCUUUAUCUUUCCUUCUUUUUCUCCUUGUGUUGAUUAAGGAAUCGUUUUUUCUUUUAAGCUUUUUUUCCUUUUUGGUUUUAAGUAAAUCUUGUAAACUUUGAUAUUAUUGGUUCUUAACCUGCUUUUAACAAAAACCCAGUAAGCGGCUGGUUUUUGGCUGGACUGUUAUUCAUCGGAGUCGCUCAAGUCCUAAAAAGUGCACUUUCUCCAAAAAUGGGAGGGCAGAUUUUUUUGUUUUUUUUAACCUAAAAAAAAGAACCUGUAAUGUGCCAGAUGAACCUGUUUGGGUGGACCUUUGACCUUGCUGCUUGGCUGUGGCCUCCUGUUGUCACUGAACUGUUCUGUUCCUUCUUUCUGCCUCUUAAAUUUGUCUUCUGGACUCUCUGAGACCAGAUCAGCUCGUUGAAUUCCUUGUGCUCUACGUUAGAGUGUAUAUUCGGCACAUUUGUGGUGCUUCAACGCAGCUUUUUUCCUGCAUUUCAGGAGGCCAGCAAGCAGUGAUCAGCAGCUGCGAUUGGUUAUUUUCCAGGUGGAUUGUCUCUGCCUCUAUCGUCUGUGUUCUCUCUGCUGUAGUGCUGUAGUGCAAGGCACUACAAGACGGGCUGCUGCCACUGACUGCUGACUUCUGUGAGAAGGAAAAAGCCUCCAAAAAAAGGGCCUAAAAUAAGGGGAUCAGCUCUGGAUCAAAAUCUGAUUUUCAACUUGAAAUUGUUUUAGUCUUUAAGAAAACAAAAAACUGAAUUGAUAUAAAAAUCGUUUGUAUUGGCAUUUACUGAAAAUUUUUAUAGCCUUUAAUUUUUUCAUACUCCAGACUAUGACGAUCUUUUGAAUCAGACGUGUGCUAUACAUCCUGCUAUAUGAUGCAAAAGCAUGAAGUGCAUUGAUGUAAACUAAGAAAAAAAACCUCUGUUUGCGAGCCCAAAGACUUUGCUGUAAGAUGCACUUCAAGUUCUCUCUGAAGAUUCAUGGGGGAAUCCCUGUGUGUUUGUAAAUAAAAUGCUUCGCUUGUUGAAUCAAAAACU